CUCCUACCCAAUCAUCUUUCAGGUCAUCUCCGGAGGGUCGGAGGUAUCAACGAAUCAGGGUCAGGGACCGGCUGAGGAGGGAGGAAUGAGGAUGUGGGAUGACUGUUCUCUCAGGAUAAUUGACGACGAUUUAAAUCCUCUGCCAUCAUAAACAAGGCACUGUUCUCAUCCAUUCAGACGCAGUGAAAAGUACGGUCCUGCAACAUGACAACUGUGCGACCGCUUGGACCGCCGGUCGAUCUGACCCCCGCCCAGUGGCCAUCGGCAACCACCUUGCACGGGAGAUUCAUCCAGCUCGAGAAGCUUGAACCGAAACAUGCCAACGACCUCUUCGACCUAAUCGGCGGCGAUGACUCUACGCGAGCGUGGUUAUGGGACUACAUGCCCGAUGGGCCCUAUUCCCAGCGCGAGGCGUUCGAGGAAGUCAUCGCCUCCCGAUCGGUUUCUCCCGACCCGUUCUUCUUCGCGGUAAUUGACAAGCGUGCCUCCAGCCCCAGCUGCGGCAAAGCCAUUGGAUACAUCUCGCUGUUGCGGAUAACCCCUGCACAAUGGACGGUGGAGCUUGGACAUGUCAUGUUCUCCUCAGUGCUGCAACGCACCCCGGCUGCGACCGAGGCGAUCUAUCUGCUGGCGCGGUACGCCUUCGAGCAGCUACACUAUCGCCGCGUGGAAUGGAAAUGCAACUCCCUCAAUGCGCCUUCAAUGAAGGCGGCCCAGCGACUGGGGUUCGUCUAUGAGGGUACCUUCCGGCAGCACAUGGUGGUCAAGGGUCGAAAUCGGGAUACCGCUUGGUUCGCGAUGGUUCGCGAGGACUGGGAGGAAGGGGCCAAGGAAGCGCUGGAACAGUGGCUGGAGGAGGGGAACUUUGACCAAGAUGGUCAUCAGAAGAAGGGGCUCCAGGAUGUGCGAGAGGCAUUGAAGCGAUCGAGAUCUGUACAGCAAUAGAGCAUGGUGAUAGAUCGACCACGGCGAUAUAAUUGAGAUCAAAAGUCGCGUGGUGGCAGGUUAGUAUAAGAUUAAUAAAUCUCCAAUAUAUAUGAUUAUAGACAUA